UGAACUUGAACUCUUGAACACAAACAAACACAACGACACAAACACAACUCGAAAAGUGAACUUGAGAGCUUUAAUAUUCAAUAUUUGAGUACAGUAGUACAGAAUAAAGCUUAAACAUAAUUUUCAUUCAAGUAUUUCAAGUUUGCUUGUUUAUUGUGUUCAAUACAUUAUGGAUUAUGAUUUAAUUAUUUUUUUUAUAUUGUUGAUGUUGAUCAUGUGUGGUUUUGUUAUGAAUUUUCUAAUAAUUUUUUGAUAGCUUAUCUAUAAUAUAUUAUUAUGGAAAACACAUAUCUCAAUAAAAAUGUAAUAUGCAGAACCUGUUUGGAGUCUACAAAUGACUUUGUUUCACUAUUUGAAUCAGUCUCCAUAGAGUCGAAUGAAGAAAAGUUGUAUUCCAUUUUUAUGAAAUUUACAUCUAUUGAAGUCACAAAAAGUGAAUCCUACCCACAAUGUAUUUGUCAAGUUUGUUUAAAAAAAUUAACUGAAUCUUAUCUGUUCCAAAAGAAAUGUUACCAGACACAAGAGAAGCUACAAAAACUUUUCAAAGAUUCCAGUGAAAAAGUCCUGAAGGAAAAGGGUUAUACUGUGAAUGAACCUAAUAAAGAAUUGUGCCAGGAAAAUAAAAUAAAACCACUUGACACAGAUCACUUUGACCAUGAUCAACAGGAUGAUUUUGGUGACAAUAUCCAGGAGAAAGAUGAUUUUGAAAGCAUUAAUAAUCUCAGAGAUUCUGAUAAUGAAGACAUUGUGGAAAAAUAUGUGCAAGAAAACACUUAUUUAUAUUGUAAUGAAUGUGGCAAAAACUUUCUGUCAGAGAUACAAUUACAAAGCCAUUCUAGGUCACACUUUGAUACAGAAAAACUGAGAUGUAGCAUCUGCUUUAAGAAAUUUACGAGGGCAACUGAUGUUAAACGCCACAUGUCAAUUCACACAGGAGAUAAGCCAUAUUCCUGUAUUUUGUGUCACAAAUCCUUUACUCAGUCUGGUUCUCUCACAAUACAUAUGAGGAAAUGUCACAAAAUAGAUAAAAUUAAAAACCCUUCUAGAACCAAUGGACUAUCCCACUUGUGUUCAAUUUGUGGAAAAUCUUUCAGGCAGUCAUCUGGUUUGACUCUUCAUCUCCGAAGGCAUAGAGGAGAUAAACCAUAUGGCUGUCAAACAUGUGAAAAGAGGUUCAUUUCCAGUAGUCGACUUAAUGCACAUAAACGUAUUCACACCGGUGAACGUCCAUUUUCAUGUAAAUUCUGUAACAAAUGCUUUUCUCAAUCAACAGUAAUGAAAAAACAUUUAAAAUCCCAUUUAUCGGAAAAUUCUCACAAGUGCAGUUAUUGCUCCAAAUCAUUUACAACUUUGUAUUAUUUGAAUAUCCACAAGCGCAAACAUACAGGGGAAAGACCGUUAAAAUGUAGUAUUUGUCCCAAAUCCUUUUCAGAUCCCAAGAAUUUGAAGGAACACAGUGUUAUUCAUACUGGAGAGAAACCAUUUCUUUGUGUCCUAUGUGGAAAAACAUUUCGAAGAUCUCACCACCUGAAGACUCAUAUGAAGGUUCACAACGGGGGUUCAUUAUGAGAAAAUCAUUAAUAUUUUCAUAGAAUACUGAAAAGAAAAACAACUCGGAAUUAUCUUAAGUCGUGAAAUGAGUUUGGAAAAUGUUCAUCCAGUUGAUGGUAUGACCAGUAAAGAGGUUAUUUUUUCGUCAUCUAUUUCUUCAGGCCGGAGACUGAAUUAAUAACUGUUUGUAUAUUAUUCAUCUAAAUAACUAUCAAUAAAUAUUUAUUGAUGAGAGACUAUAUUCAAGCUGAUAUCAAUAAUAUCUUCAUUACAGUGAAUGAGAAAAGUUUCAUCAAAAUCAGUUAGUUUAUGUGAAUUAACCAGUUUGAGACUUUAAACUCUGAAAAAGUUAAACGAUUGAGAUUUCGAUAUUGAGACCUGUUUUUGCAAGAUAGUUUUAUGUUAUUCAAAUAUUUUUAGCAUCAAUAAUAUUGAAUCACCUCUUGGAUCAAAAUAAAUCAAAUUUCAUCUGAA